AUGUGCAGAGUAUCGGUGAGGAGGAAUGGGAGGGUGUUGGGGAAGGACAAGGAUGGGCGGCAGGAGUCGCAAGGCGGGGUGCGGUCGCAUGGGGUCACGCGGCAAGAGGCGGGGCCGCAAGGGGGGGCGACGCGAGGGCACGGCAAGUAA